AUGGAAAGUGAGAAUCAACAUGAUUCAGCCAAAACUCUUUCAGAGGUAGAAGCAGAAAAAUCCUUAGCCGAACCUGAAAAUACUUCUCCAGCAGUUCAAGAGCAACCAGAUCCUGCAUCCACAGAAGAAUCCAAAGACCCAAAUCCUGAAGAAUCUAAAGAUGCUGCCCCAGCUAAAAAGAAAAAGAAAAGAAAUCGUAAAAAGCCUGCCAAAGAAUCAGCAGCCCCAGUAGUUGCCACAGUAAAUCGCUUCCAAGAUAACUCUCACAUACGUCUCCUAAAAAACUGGAAUGAUAAUCCUAAUUACAUGCAAACCAAUCCACCAUCAAUUCCGAUUAGUCAGCAAUUUCCCAACAAUAACUUCCCUAUAGGCGAAAUAUGUGAAUACUCAGGUGAUAAUGCCUAUAGAGCUACAAGCGAAGAAAAGCGCGAAUUAGAAAGACUGCAUUCUUAUGACUACGAAGCUCUAAGAAAGGGUGCGGAAGCUCAUAGACAGAUUAGAAGAUGGGCACAGAGCGUGCUGAAGCCUGGCCUUGAUCUGCAUGAUUUUUGUGAAGAGCUUGAAAAUUAUUCAAGAGUUUUAUUGGAAGGGGAUGGAAUUGAGGCUGGCGUUGGUUUUCCAACAGGCUGCAGCUUAAACUAUGUAGCUGCCCAUUUCACACCUAAUCCUGGUGAUAAAGUUACUUUAGGCUACGACGAUGUAUGCAAAGUCGAUUUCGGGACACAUGUUGGUGGAAGAAUCAUUGACUGUGCCUUUACUGUCGCUUUUAAUCCAAAAUUCGACAACUUAGUCCACGCCACACAAGAUGCCACAAAUGAAGGUGUAAAGCAUGCUGGUGUCGACGCUAGAUUUUCAGAGAUCGGAGGUGCAAUCCAAGAAGCCUUAGAAAGCUACGAAAUUGAGCUUGAUGGAAGAACUUACCCAAUAAAGGCAAUCCGUAACCUUAAUGGGCACAGCAUUGGACCAUUCCACAUUCACGGAGGAAAAAGCGUCCAAAUUGUGAAAAAUAAUGAUCAGACUAAGAUGGAAGAAGGGGAGUUGUAUGCAAUUGAGACUUUCGGAAGCACUGGAAAAGGCUUAGUCCAUGAUGAUUUAGAAUGCUCACAUUACAUGAUAGAUUUUGAUCUUUUUGGCAAACCUAUUCCACUGCGUGACAAUAAAGCCAGAGGUUUGCUAAGACAUAUUGAAAAGAAAUAUGGAACCUUGCCUUGGAGCAGACGCCAAUUGCAGAGGGAUGGAGAGACAAAACAUAUUUUGCCACUGAGAAAUCUUGUGAAUGCAGGAAUCGUGGUUCCUUAUCCUCCACUUUGUGAUGUUCGUGGAAGCUAUGUAUCUCAAAUGGAGCAUACUUUUAUCAUCAGACCAACUUGCAAAGAGGUCCUUAAUCCAUUUAUAUAUAAUAAUUUUAAACAAAUUAAAAUGAUUUUUUAUUAAAAAAUAAAUAUAAAAAAUUUUCUUGGGGGUUUAGUCGGGGUGAUGACUUUUAA